GUAAUUGAUGAACACGUGUUUGUACCACACGUUUGAUUUGUUUGUGAAUUGCAUUUAAGCGCCGAUUGUAUUGAAUUUCAAUGACUUUUGAAAAAGACAUCUCAGAUGACAAUCGCUAUAAAGUUGACAACACAUCCAAUGAUUAGCUGAUCCAUUAAAUUCUGUCAUUUUGUUUGUUGAUUGAAGUGAAGACACAAAAUGAGUCUUUUAGUUAUCGAUGAAAGACCAGCGAUGGCCAGUCUGUCGAAGAAACGAUUGCGACGACGACUGUCUAACUCAGGAGAUAAUGGAGGACUUGAAAGGAAAACCAACAAAACAAACGUCUUCUCCGGUUACUCUAAGACUGUGCGGACUGUCAGUCCAUUGAAGAUGUUAUGUCUCGAAAAGCUUAGCCAACAUUUUGACAAAUUGGUAAUCAAUCAGUCGAUUAAUUACGAUAUCAUUCAACCACUUCUCGAGAGAUGUGAAUCACACGACUUGAAACGUAUUGAAGAAUUGAAUCCUUGGUUAACAUCACAGACGGAACGCUUAUGGCAUCAAUUGUGUCGCAACGACUUCUACUUUGUCGUCACCGAUGGUAAGGACAGUCAGCACAGCAAUGGGAUCCCAAACAAGAUGUCGAGUGAGUCGUGGCGUCAGUUUUAUUGGCGAGUAAUGAGUGAUCGCAAACGCAAACUUGAAGAACUCACGACUAGUAUUAAAGACAAAACAGCGUCUUUGAAAACUACUAGAAAGACAACCAAAGUAUGUGAAACACAGUCGAUGGCAAAAAUAUCGAUUGCAAGACAUGAUGUGAUGACCACAAAUCAUAAGAAGAAGGUGACGAUUGCACCUCUUAUGAAGAAAUGUCUUCAAAUGAAACGACAGAAACCUUUUUCAUAAGUUUUCUUUCAUUUUGUUAUUAUUUAAUCAUAUUUACUGUCAUAUAAUUUAUCAUUAAUUUAUAUUAACAUUUGAUAAAUUAAUGUAUUAAU